UUAUAAAUAUAUGUAUAUAUUCAGGUGAAGUAACAAAUUUCUAUGUCCAACGGAAAAAUUCAAAAUUCAUUGAACAAUUUUUUGAGGUCCACCUUUAAAAUUUCAUACUGGCAGUGCUGCAAAAAUUUUUGACAUUCUGAAAAUCACAAAAAUAACAAAACGGAUGGAGAACACUUCGGUUGUGAAGAAUAGGAUAGAGUUUAUGGUUUAAAAUACAAUUAAUAAUCGCUGAUAAAAAAUUGAUUAAACUUAUGUGAUAAAGGUUUAUAUUUUUAAUAUUAAUAUACCAUGACAUUAAUUGAUUAAGAAUUCAAGUGUGAAUCAUAAGUUGACAGCACUGACGGAAGAAGAUUCAGGAAAUCAAUAAAAAAGAAUUUUGCAAAAACAAAAACUAUUGCAAUUUAUUAGAUUAAUAACUAGAAAUGCCCUGUGAAGGUUGUAGUGCACAAUUUUCGGUAUUUCGCCGUAAACGAAGUUGUAUUGACUGCAAACGUUUUUAUUGUAGUAACUGCCUAUCAGGUUCCAAGCGUGCAUCACCACAUGCAAUUGGACGAUGCAAGCGUUGUACCAUAUUUGCAAAACGUCCACUAUUGAAAUCGGACCUACUGACAUUAAAACCAAAAGAUUUAAUUUUUUACUUACAGUCAAAGCACAUAUCGACAGCAGGAUGCGUCGAAAAAGAUGAAUUAGUUAGACUGGUCUUACAUCAUGUGCAACAAAGUGAUGCUACAAACACGGGCAAUAAUUCUUAUAAUGCAAGGCCCAGUUCAGAAUCUACUCCUUCUUUUGAUAACAUAAAACAAACGUGCCAAAAUUUCUUUAGUAAUUUAACUGAUAAUAUAACAGAAUCUUUUAGUUCCUUUGAUAGUGGUAAAAAUUCGAAAACAAACAAUAACCCAAAUCCUUCUGGUAGUAACGCUCAAACGCACAUAUUUGACCAACCAAGAGUUUCUACUAGAGAAAUACCCACAUAUGCUAGUUCUCAACAAAAUAAUACAUUUUCAACACCAUCACCUCAACAUUCAAAUACAGAACAAAGUUCUGUAAGAAAUCAACGAAACUUGCCUACAGAUCCAGUAAGAGAAGAACAGACAACUAGUACAUUUUCAAAUGCAUCCGGAAGCACAGAUACAACUACGCAAAGCAGUCAAACAAAUAGUACUAGCUCUAUUGCAUCAAAUCCAACUUCUGCAAGCACUGGAAGCGCUCAAAAUCAUAAUAAUGUAGUUCAAAGUACUGAUCAGCGAAAUAUACAAGUGCAGAUACAAUCAGAUUGUGAAUGUUCUGAUGAUGAUGAUAAUGAUGAGGACGACGACGACGAUAAUGAGGAUGAGGAUGGCAAUGAAAAUGACAAUGAUGAUGACGAAUUAGUUACUACAUUCAGUGAACGUUUGUCAAAUAAAAGUGAAAAUUCAACGCAACUACAAAAUACAAAUUGCACUCAAAAAAUAGUAGAAAAAUUGAAUAUUUCGUUACCUGAAGUAGAAUAUGCACAUGGUGUUAAGUUGGAGAAUUUAUGCGAAGCAGAUGAUUCUUCACAAUCAUCCUUUGAAGAAUUAGGUGCAAUUGGCGGUAUUUCAGAUGACAGCAAAGCAGCUACUGAUACAAAUAGUAGUCAUUUGGAACAAUGGCAAAUUUUGGAUGGUCAACGUCUAAACACAUCAGCAGAAGAACCAACUAGAAGCGAUGCUGAAGUGCAAGAUUCAAGUACAAUUCCUACAGUGCCCAUUGACAAAUCUCAACAACCAAAAGCACCACAACGAACGAAAAAAGUCGCACGACGCCGAUCAGACACAUAUUUAAAUCAACGAACAACCAGUGGUGAAGUUGUGUCAUGUCCUAGUAAUGAGGAUAAUGAAAGUAAUUUAUUUAAUUUGCAUAAUACACGAACUAAAUGCAAACGUUGCGGUAAGACAAAAUCAAAUAUUAGACGUCAAAUAGCAAAAAUGCGUCGGCAUCUUGAAAGUGCACAACUGUCUGAAGAUGAAAUUAAAGACGAACUGAAAAAAUUUCUAUCCUAUCUUGAAGCACGGACAAAGUCUGUAGAUUACUCGGAUUCUGAGCCUGCUACUUCGCCUGCUAGUACUGGUUUAACAGCAGCUGAAAGAAUAGGAGCUCAAUUUUUGGAAGAUCUAUUUGCAAUGCCUCAUCUGCAUGAUCACUACGAUAAUUCUGAUUACAAUAGUCCUAAAAGAUCACGUUUCAUUAAUUUAGAGGAAUAUGGUACACUAAAAGACUUAGAAUGUCUUUCAGUGAAGCAGCUUAAGGAAGUCCUUAUGUUACACCGUGUGGACUACAAGGGUUGCUGUGAAAAACAAGAAUUGCUGGAACGUGUAGAACGCUUAUGGAAAAAUCUCAAAUCAUCGCCUGCGGUUGAAAAAUUGCCAACGGAUGAAUUGUGUAAAAUAUGCAUGGAUGCACCAAUUGAGUGCGUUAUUUUGGAAUGUGGUCAUAUGGCCACAUGUACUAAUUGUGGCAAAGUUUUAAGUGAAUGCCCUAUUUGCAGACAAUAUAUAGUACGUGUAGUACGAUUCUUUCGUGCUUAAGGCAUAACAAAAAGUUAGUUAAAUAUUAUAAAAGAGACAGUUCGGAAAAAGUUCAAAGGUUGAAAAGAGAGAACUUACGAUCAAAAAGAAAAGCAUACGAACUCAAAAUAUAUCAAGAAAGAGAAACAUUCAAUGAAAACAAAACAUACGGUGAACUAGAAAAAGUUAAAAGAGAGGAAAAAUUUUAUAAAGAAUAAGCAUACUUUGACAAAAAAUUAUACAAAAAAGGAGAUACCAUAUGAAGAAAGAGCAAAAAGUACUGAUUCGUAAAAAGAGACUGAUUCGUACGAAAAAAGAGAAAACAUGAAGAGACAAAAUGGACUAAAAAGAGAGAUGAAGAGCAAAAAUGUGAAUAGAGAAGGAGAAAUAGUAUGAAGGAUAUAUUUUUUGUAUAUAUUUUUAACGUUUUAUUAUAUUAUUUACUUUAUUGUUAUUAAAAGGCAUAAGUUAGAAAGAAACAAAGUAUUAUUUAGGUUGGGGUUAAAAUCGGUCAUUAUCUCUUUUAAAAGAGAAAUUUAUGUUAAAUGAUGCUGAUUGGUUAGAUUUGCC